CAAUUGCCCUAUCUCCAAAUCCCAAUUCAAGAAUUCGUGCGAAGAUGGUUGGCGCGAAUCUGAAAGCGGAGACGUUGGCGUUGAUGGAGAAGAGAGCCUCCGUGGAGGCGGAGAUGAAUGCCAUCAUCGAGAUCCUCUGCGGCCCCGGCGGGCCGGGGAUCUCCGGCAACCUCGUUGAUGCUGAAGGUUUCCCUCGGUCUGAUAUCGAUAUCCCUGCUGUCAGGUCGCAGCGUCAUCGACUUGCUGAACUGAGGAAUGAUCAUAAAUAUGUCACAGCUAAAAUCGAUACAAAUUUGGAGCUUUUGCACUCUGUGAAAUUACCGAAUAGUGGGUCAAGGACCCCCGAAAAUUCAGCUGCAUCUUCGUUGCAUGAUACAACAUCACAAGCUUCUCCUAUGGAUGAAGGCUCAGUUCAUAGGAUUCCUUUUGCGAUUAUUGAUGAAAUAAGUGAUGCUUCACCUGCAGCAGAAGAUGGGUUGCAGCUUGGUGAUAUGAUUGUAAAAUUUGGAAAUGUAGAGAGUGGUGAUAGUUUACAUUCAAGAUUAGCACUAGAAGCGCAAUCCAAUGAGGGUCAUCCAGUGCCUUUACAAAUCAUGCGACAAGGAUCUUUGUUGAACUUAACUGUUACUCCUAAACAGUGGCAUGGUCGUGGACUAUUAGGGUGCCAUUUCCGGAUGUUAUAAUCAAGGAGCUUUGUCUGAAAGACGGGAGUCGGUAUGGUUUUGUCAAUAUGAUUUCAGCAGGAAAAUAAUGUGUAAAAUUGCUUGCUGGUGCAUGAUUUCUUUGAUUUCAUGUGAAUGUAAAGCUACUGGGUGCUGGACAUCCUUAUCUUCAGAAAUUGCUUAUGCUUACUUGCAUGAUAUAAUUUAUUAACCUAUUGUCCCUAAGCAUAAUUGCUUAUCAAGUGUGACACUAACUCUGGUAUUGGAUGUUUUUCAUUUCUGCCUAAUUCAUGGGCAUUUCCUCCC